AGCUUUUCAUUUACACCCAUUCGACUUGUUGAAUCUCUGUUCUCUCCGAGGUAUCCUUUAUAUGAUGAAUCAAAUGGGAAGCGAUCGCCAUUUUACCAAUGCCAGGAAUGACUUGGCGGACCUGAUUUCAAGCCCGCUGCGCUCAGGUUUUGCACACCCUCUUUCACGAUCCUGGCAUCGUGAGCGGGAAAUAACCAAGUCCAUGUUCAUACUCCCCGUCUUUGUCUCCGAUAUCGACGACGAAGAGAGUCCAAUACCUCUUCUUACAGACAUUCCCCGCCUAGGUCUUUCCAAGCUCAUUCCAUAUCUCCAAAAAUUGGUAAAUCUAGGUCUCCGCUCCGUUAUUCUCUUCGGGGUCUUAGGCGACAAGUUGAACCCUCCCUGUAAAGAUGCCACCGGCACCGCAGCAGACGAUCCCAAAGGGCCUGUGAUCAGAGCCAUCCGCUCUAUUGGGGCUCACUUUCCCUCCCUCUUCAUUAUAACAGAUGUCUGUCUCUGUGAAUACACCAACCACGGGCACUGUGGAAUCUUCUCCAGCGCUCAUGGCGAUGAUAAAGUAAGCACGGAUAACAAUGCAUCCGUGACCCGGAUUGCGGAUAUCGCACUCGCAUACGCACAAGCGGGGGCACAUUGUGUCGCACCCUCAGAUAUGAACGAUGGCCGAAUCCACGCUGUUAAGAGCAAGCUCAUUGCUGCUGGGCUCGGAGAGCGUGUUUUGCUCAUGGCAUACUCGGCUAAAUUCAAGAGCUGUCUGUAUGGACCGUUCCGCACGGCCGCUGGCUCCACGCCUUCAUAUGGUGAUCGUGCGACGUACCAGCUUCCCUGCCAUGGUGGGGGUCUUGCUCGUCGUGCGCUUGUCCGGGAUAUCAACGAAGGGGCGGAUGUGAUUAUGGUCAAGCCAGCGGGAAGCUGUUUGGAUGUUGUGUUUCAAGCCAAAGAAAUUGGCAAGGGAAUACCGGUGGCUGCAUAUCAGGUUAGUGGUGAGUAUGCAAUGAUUAGGGCUGGGGCGGAGGCUGGUGUUUUUGAUUUGAAAACUGCCGCCUUCGAGUCUGUGGAGAUGAUCCUGAGGGCCGGUGCCAACAUAAUUAUCAGUUACUUUACUCCAGCAUUUUUGGGCUGGUUAGAGGCAUGAGGCCAUCCUAGUUACUCGAAUAGUUUGCCAUUUAUCUCUCCGAAAUGCAUUCCAUCUUC